CUGACAGUAAACAAACGCCAUCUUCUCUAGUCUCAUUUAUUUCAGUGCCUUGCUUGUGUUUAUUUAACGCUAAUUUGUUAAUCGAAUAAUAGUUUUCCAAAACACAGACGUUCAUUUUUAUUUGUGUGCGUCUUGAUACCGCGUAGAAUACUCUGAGCCCUUCAAAAUCGUGGUGUACAGCGGAGCCAGCAGUGUCUGCGCCAUACCUCUCUCGAUUCUCGGAGAAGUAUCUGCAGUUUCACGGAUGACCGAAGCUAGUGGCAGACCGCACCUACGGUCGAAUUUGGCGCGCACCAUGUACAACCGUAUGGUGACGGACGAGCGCCUGCGCAAUAUGAACCUGUCUAAGCUGUAUGAGGUUGAUGAGUUGGCACUGAUUGACGACGUGAGAGAGCGGUUCGUGCAGCUGGGCAUGGACGAGGAGACCCAACAGUUUCUGGACAGUUGCUUCGAGCAGUCGGAGUGGCUGUUGACGCAGAUCUGGCACAGCAUUGCUAAGGCCUUCCUGGGCAUGUUCAUGACACAGACUUCUGUUAACGGCGUGGGACACCGCGAAGACAUGGUCGGGCGGCGGUAA